AUGGCGGACAUCACCGUCAAUGUUCAGCCUUGCGGAAGAGUCCAGCGAAUCCUUAUUCAUUCAGGAAAUUCUGGCAAGUCUGAAGUUGCGCACAUUACUGCUCAGAUCUCGUGUCGUACUCACAUUAAAAUACUCACCUGCAUUGUCAAGCGGCGGCCCCUAACAUUCAUCAUGCCCAAGUUCGAGCCGGUGCCGAGUUCUUUUGGCAACCUGAAGGACAAAGUGGUGGUGCUUACAGGCGGCGCUCACGGAGUCGGAGAGUCUGUCAUACGCUACCUUUACGGUGUCGGGGCACAUGUGUUCUUCGGAGAUAUCGAUGACAAGGCCUGUCAAACUCUUGUCGACGACUUAAAGGCUGGCAAGACCUCGUCAACAAGUCUUCAAUACAUCCCUCUCGAUGUUCGCAAAUACGAGGACAACCUUGCUUUGUUCAAGUUGGCCUACGAGAAGCAUGGUCGCAUUGAUCACGCUUUCUCGAUAGCAGGCGUGACCGAGCGGCAGAAUUGGUUUGAAGCGAGUCUGGAUCUCAAGACCGUGGAGACUCCUCCGUCAACGCUGGUGCUCGAUGUUAACCUUACCGGCCUCUGUUACUUCGCUCGCAUUGCCACGGUUUACCUUCGGCAGGGUAAUGACGAUCAUUCCCAGGACAAAUCCAUCUGCUUACUCGGUUCAAUCGCGUCGUUCAAGGAACAAGCCGGCCUGUUCAUCUAUCAACCCAGCAAACACGGCGUGAUAGGUCUGAUGAGGUCCACCCGGAAAUUGCUUUACCAUGAGUACGGCAUCAGGAUCAACACUAUUUGUCCUUCCCUCAUCAACACGGGCAUGGCCUCCCACAUCCAUAGUCUUUGGCUAGGGAAAGGUCUACCAGUCAACGAAGCUGAUGAGGUCGCGCAGUAUGUCCUGACUCUAACCAGCAUUCCCCAAAGUCCCUUUGGAAACAUGACAGGGUUGGCAGUCUAUGUCGAAGGAGGCAAAGGUUGGGAGUUCGAGAACGACCUGUACAGGACAGAUUCCGACUGGCUGGGCGAGGAGAAUAGCAAGAAUACUGCGAGGAUUGAUGAGGCACUUGGGAUCGGCUUGUCCUGGACUGCAAGCAAAUAG